UAAAAAAAUAUACUGUCAAGUGUCAAUAAUUGUACGUACCCUACAUAUUUGGUUUUUGGUGUUGUUUUUAUAUUUUAAUAAGCUAGUUGCAAUCGUCUAAUUAUCAAGCCAAACAAGUGCUAAUAGUGUAAGCCAAAAUGUUACAAGAUAGCGAUGAAGACGAUUUGAAUGACUUAAAUCAACUCAAUGCAGUUUUAGAAGCUGACAAGCAAAUAAUCAAUGAAGAAACGGUAUCAGAUUCCUGCUCAACAACCACCAAUGCAGCAUUGCACAGUAAAGUAUCUGAAGAAUUAUCUUUGAUAGAUACAGCACUGACUCUCAAUAAACUCACUGAUGAAAAGUUAAGAAAACUUGAGAACCUACUGAUUGAACGAUUGCAAGAUUGUAAAAAAAAAAAACUUGCAGAUUUAAGAGAUGUCAGACCUACCAAUUACCGGCAGGCUUGUUUUCGCUAUCACUACUGUGCAAAGCCUUAUUUUAAAGAUAAAUAUAACUUUGCGGCACCUAGCAAUGAGGAUACAAUCCUUAUGCUGCAAUCAAACAUGUUUGACUUUUCACAAAUCGUCGCAGUAACCGGCUGGACCCUCCGAGACAAAAGUCAAUUUCUUGCUGAACUUCAUAAAAUGUCUCAGACGAUCAGAAAAAAUGAACUUCAUGAAAAAAUUAGUGUUCUACGUAGAGCAAGAAAAACAAAAGAUAAGAAGGAAAUUGAUAAAGAAAUUGCAAAACUCAGCAAGGAGCUAUAUGAUGUUAAGAAGAAACCACUUUCAGAAUUGGCUCUAGACAUAGAUGAGGAUUAUGAUUGGGAUGUUCUAGCCAACAAGUUGAACCGUAGACAUACAGCACAAGAAUACCAGGCACUGUGGAAGCUAUUCUUUCAUCCCAGCAUUAACAAGAAGACAUGGACUAAAGCUGAACAUUUAUCUCUACAGAGUAUCUCCAGUGCUCAUAAGUUCCAGGAUUGGGAUACAAUUGCCAAAGAACUCAAUACUGGGAGAACAGGCUACCAGUGUUUUGUUUAUUUUAGAACAAAUAUGGUAAAUUCAUUCAAUGGAAGAAAAUGGACUGAGGAAGAAGAAGAGUACUUAAGAAGAUUGAUUGACUAUUACAGAGAAGACACUUAUAUUCCAUGGGGCAGAGUUGCAGCAGCAAUGGAAAAUAGAACCAAAAUACAAAUAUAUAACAAAUAUACAAGGCUUGUUGGUAAUAGAAAAGGUAGAUUUUUGCCUGAAGAAGAUGCAGUCAUUUUAAAUUAUGCAAACAAGUUUGGAACAAAUUUUCGGAAAAUGUUGACAUACUUGCCGGGACGUUCCAUGGUUCAAAUUAGAAACCGCUAUCGUGUACUAAGUAAAAGAUGUACCUCCACAGUGUGGACAGAAGAAGAAGAUAAAAUGCUCAUACAGCUCAUGGCAAACCAAGAUGGAAAUGUAAAUUUUUCAAGUGUAUCUACUCAUUUUCCGGGAAAAGACAGGGAAAAUCUUAGAAGUAGAUACAUUACAUUAUUAAAAUGGAUGAGAAAGCACCCUAAUGUUGAUAUUAAACAUGCUCCACGUAGAGGAGCAAGACGUCUCACUCAUGGUGAAGCAUCAGCUGAUUUAAACAAAGCACUUGAGGAUUUAAAAAAUCGCAUGGAAAAUGAAGUUAAAACAAAAAAAAGCAAAAGGAUGACAAGAGAAUCAUCAGAAAGAGAUAUAGAAAAAGCUAUAAUUGCAAGUCUUGUCAAUGAAUUACUAGUGGAAAGAGACAUGAAACUUACCGAACAAUAUGAGAAAGAUUUGGACAUAAUUGAUGUUGAUGAAAGACCACCAUCUCUGAAUGUAACAAAUUUAAACAAAAUUUUGACUCUUCUAAAUGCAAGUAUAAAUAAAACCAGUUUUCAACACAGCAGCUAUGCCACGACUUAUCCAGAAUUACUUUCAAACACACAAGUAAAUUUGACACAGGUUAAGUCAUAUUCUAGAAAGAAUAUAUCCCCAAAUAAUCUUGAUUGUACAACAGAAAUUUGGGGAAAUAAUGCUCUUGGCCCAGUAAAACAUGUCUUGCCUCCACAUUAUGCAACAAUAACUGGGUGCAGAUCCCUAAUAGCCUACGCUUGUACUAAAACUUCACAAACAGAAAUAGAUGUAAACAUUAAUCAUGUAAUGAAACGUAAUACAUUUUUGAGAGAUCAAUUUAAUCUACUUAUAGAUCGUUUCAAUACAUUAUUUCUUUGGCCAAUGUUAUUGUCUAAUGAAAGUCCAUAUAUACCUAAUCUCACAGUACCUGGUACCUCCAAAGAAACACAAAAGCGGACUUAUAUGAAAAAUCAGACACCAUCAGAUAUACCAGCAUAUCAUGUUCCAUACAAAAUCAGAUCCAAAAAUCGUGACAAUGAGAUUAAUAAAAUAAAUGAAAUAGAUUUGAAAGAUAAAUUCUUAAAAGAUGAUGUGACAAUCAAAGAACAGUUUACAGAAUGCGGACUGAUGGAAAUUGAUGAUGAGUGAUUUAGUAGUAGAUUUUAAUUUAAUAAUGUAAAAUCAGAUAAUAUGUAUGUAAUUUAAUACACAACAAUGUGUAUUUAAUUCAAGUAACUAGUUUACAACACAAUACAAGUGACUGAACAGACAAGUGAAAAACUAUUAAAUUAAAAAGGCGAUUAGCGACAUAAUGCCGCUCUGAACUGUGUACUUCAGUUUCACCUGCAUUCAAAUUAGAAUUUGGGCCUAAGAGUAAAAGCUGUCUUGAUCUGAAUUAUUCUAAGUAAAUAAGUUAUUUAAUGCAGAAUUCAUAAUUAGCAGAGUUAGCUCAUAAAUAAUAAUGAAAUACAUAUUAUACAAAGCCAUAUUUGAAAUUUUACCGAUUGUGUGCUGAAAAUAACGUUGCUGGUUAAAUUAAGUAUGGAAAUUAUAGGGUUACGUAAUAUAUGUCGAAAUUCACAAGAGGCUCAGUGGUGUAAAUAAACAUAUUAGUAGAAAACAUUGUGCUCUAACACACAACUAUUUUCAUUUUUAACAACUUCUACAUUCUUUCAAUGUAGCAAUUGGCUUCAUAUGGUGGUCUUACAUAUUUAUAAUACAUAUAUUAAAAAUGUAAUUCAGCACAAGGAAUGAAAGAAUGAAGUGAAUUGAUUUAAUCAAGUUAUUUACAAUAAUAUUUCAUAAGUUUAUUAACCUACUACAAGGAAUUGAUUGCAUUCAUUGAGAUUCAUGUUAUUAAGCAUUGGUUUUUUCGUAAUCCUUGAUUACUAAUGCUGUCAACUUUUAGCCAGGUGUGUAAAUGACAUAUUAUGAACAUUCCCGUCGUUAAUACCGACUACUAAUACGUCGUUAAUACUUAGUACUACAAUCUAAUCUAGUGUUCGGGUAACUCCGCACGUUGGAUUGGCACAAUUUGAAUUGUAUUUCAAUUGAAUAAUUUCUGUGUUUAAUUCACUUUCUGUAGAGAGUCCGAAAAUCUGCAAGUGAAAUGUUUACGCAUUGUCACUUUAUCCAUUUUUAUCAAUUAAGAAUGGUUUAUGUGUAUAAUUAGGUCAAUUAUAAGAUAUUCUUAAAACCGUUGUCAAAUAUAUCAUUGUAUUAAUCCCUAUACCUAUUUCUAAAUCCGCCUCUGUGACAGAAUCUAAUACGGAAAAAUUGUCUUUGUACGCCCCUGCACUGUUAUUUUUAACUAUAACUGUUAUAUAUAGUUAUUUAAUGUACUGUUCAGUUAUUUUGUU